AUGGUUGAAGAAGUUGUGCAGCAGCAGAAAGAAAAGGAAGAGGAGGUCAAGAAGGUUCAUUCAGUUCAUGCUGAUAAUGAUGAAGUUCUUGAUUAUAGCAAUGAAAUUGAUUUUAAGGUAACAACUGACGAUGCGUCAUCGAACUCAUCGGAUGCCGAAGGACAAGACGCUGAGAAUGAAGCUGAUGAAGGCGAGGUUACAGAUGCACAGAAGAAGGUCGCUGAAGCAGCUGGUCUUACUGAGCAGGUGAGUGGUGACAAAGGUAGCAAACAGUCACGCUCCGAAAAGAAAGCUCGUAAGCUGUUCAGUAAGCUCGGCCUUAAACCAGUUCAUGGUGUAUCACGAGUUUGUAUUCGCAAAUCCAAGAACAUCCUCUUCGUUAUCAACAAACCUGACGUUUACAAAAGCCCCGGUUCAGACACUUACAUUGUUUUCGGUGAAGCUAAGGUUUGUCCUCUAUAA